AUGGGAACUGCAGAGAUAGAGCGAUGCAUUUCGUCUUCUGCUUCGAUCCACUCACGGAAGUAUGAUGUGUUCGUGAGCUUCAGAGGCGAGGACAUAAGGAAAACCUUCGUGGCCCACCUCUUCCAUGCGCUGAAGCAGGCGGGGAUUCACUAUUUCAAGGACACUGAUAAAGAGGAGACCGGGAUUUUCAUUGAGCCCAAGCUGCUCGACGUGAUUCGCAAUUCUAGGGUUGCCCUCUUCGUGUUCACCACCAAUUACGCCAACUCGUGGUGGUGCUUGAAUGAGCUGGUGGAGAUCCUGGAGUGCAGCAGGAGGUUCAGAGAUCAUCACGUGGUUCUGCCCAUUUUCUAUGAUGUUGAGCCAGGGGACGUUCGGAAACAGAGCGAGGGAGACGGGAAAGGUUUCGGAAGGCGUUUGGCCACCCACUCGGACGAUUUGCUGGUGCAGAAGUGGAGGGAUGCGCUUCAAGAAUCUGGGAAUUUGUCAGGAUGGCACUUGAAUAAUGAAGCUAAUGGGGAUCAAUCAAACUUCACUGAGCAAAUUGUAGGACAUUUCUUCAGGAUCAGUCCUAGAUCAAUCUCCCCCUAUUUUGUCAAAAAUGCGAUUGGGGUAGAUUCCUUUGUAGAGGACAUGAUAUCGUUGCUCGAAAUUGGGUUGAAGGAUGAUGUCCGUGUGGUUGGAUUAUGGGGAAUGAAAGGAAAUGGUAAGACAACGGUGGCCAAAGUCGUGUGUGAUCGCAUUUUUAGGGAAUUUGAGGGUGCUAGCUUGCUAGAAAAUGUCGGAGAUGCAAACCAAGAUACGCUUUUACUCCAGAAGAGACUUCGUCAUGAUGUUCUUAAGGUACAAGGUCUAGAAAUGUACGAUCUUAACAGCAACAUCAACGAGAUAAAAACUAAGCUCUGCCGGAAAGGAUCCCGCUAG